AUGGCCUCGUCUCGACCAGGCAGAUCGAAUUCCAUCAAUGCGCCCCGUGAUUCCCUAGAACUCGCCUCUCUUGCGUCCUCUUCCCCAGACACCACCGCCAGAUCUUCCCGCUCCUCUUCUCCCUCCGGUAUAUCGUCCUCGCGCAAGCUCUCGCUCGAAGAACAAGAUCCGCUAGGUGAUUUCUCACAUGGCGAUCCGGAAUCCGGGUAUGGGAGAUCGGGUGGACGGUCGUAUUCCAUAUCCUCGGCCUUCGAUUUCGGGAGGACGCUGUUUCCGCUUUCCUCCACGGCAGCUGGGGGGUAUGCUCCGAUAGGCGCGCCAUCGACGUUAGAUCGAGAAGGGGUAGCGGAUGGGUCAUUGGAGAGACAUAAGACGCUUACGUAUCUAAAUGGGCUGUCGUUGGUGGUUGGUGUGAUUAUUGGCUCGGGAAUUUUCUCGUCUCCUAGCCAGGUUAAUGCGAAUGCUGGGUCUCCGGGUGCGUCACUCAUCGCAUGGGUUGUGGCGGGUGUGUUGGCGUGGACUGGUGCAGCUAGUUACGCUGAGUUGGGAGGCGCAAUUCCUCUGAAUGGCGGGUCGCAGGUAUAUUUGUCCAAGAUCUUUGGAGAAUUGGCUGGUUUCCUCUUCACGUGGUGUGCGGUUUUGGUGCUUAAACCAGGAAGUGCAGCCAUUAUCGCGAUUGUCUUCGGAGAAUACGUUGUGCGGGCCGUUGUCGGUGCGAAUGUCGAGCAGGUUAAUCCCUGGAUCGGUAAGGGUGUCGCCUUUGGUGGUGUCUUUGUCGUGAUUCUGGUGAAUUGCAUCUCUACGAAAGUGGCUACUCGUGUCGGUGACAUUUUCAUGAUCUUCAAGUUCAUCGCCUUAAUUGGGAUUACUGUCACUGGAAUUGUGGUGGCUAUCACGGGUGUUUCGUCUAGUGGAAGUGCGAGUGAUGAGUGGAAAUCUGGCUGGUUCCAGGGUACCAACUCUGACAUUUCUGGCUGGGCUGUUGCUUUGUAUGCUGGUCUCUGGGCGUUCGAUGGUUGGGAUAACACAAACUACGUGACAGGCGAAUUCAAACGUCCCAACCGUGAUAUCCCACGCGUGAUCCAUACAGCCAUGCCAUUGGUAAUCCUCUGCUACCUAAUGGCAAACGUCUCAUAUUUCCUAGUUCUACCGCACUCGACCAUCGAAGCAAGCAACGCCAUCGCCGUCGAGUUCGGCGAGCAAGUCUUCGGAACAGCUGGAGCCAUUGUCCUAGCCCUAGUGGUCUCCAUAAGCUGCAUCGGCGCCCUCAACGCAACAACCUUCACAAGUGGCCGCCUAGUCUACAUCGCCGGAAAAGAAGGCUACCUCCCAGCCCUUUUCGGCAAACUAGGCGCCUGCGGCUACUCCUCAGCCACUUCUUCACCACCCCUCAAUAACCGCUUGCAUCGUCGUCUCUGUCGCUUCUUUGGCGAUGCCUCGACAAUUGGCCGCACUCCAGUCUACGCAAUGGCACUCAACGGUGCUCUAAUCGUCAUCUACAUCAUCCUCGGCGAAUUCAAGACCCUAGUCACCUUUUACGGUGUCGCAGGGUACACAUUCUACUUCCUUACGGUUCUUGGCUUGAUCGUUCUGCGCAUUCGUGAACCAUACCUGGAACGCCCGUAUAAAACAUGGAUCUCGACACCGAUUAUCUUCUGCUGCGUUAGUCUUUUCUUGCUUAGCCGGGCUGUUAUCUCAGAGCCGCUGCAGACGUUGAUCGUAGUGGCGUUUAUCAUUAUCGGCGUGCCGGUAUAUUACUGGCGUAUCUACCAGCGGGAUGGAAGACUGCCGUUUUCUUCUGGGUGGAAAUUCAACUGGAAGUUCUGGAAGGAGAGGUGA